CGUAAUUUCGCGACGGACCCGAACAUGUAGAAAGGCGUUAGCUCGCGUUUUUUCUUAAUAGUUACGCAAGUUUCAAAUGAGUAAAGUUGUAAGUAUAAAGUGUUACUGGAAACGACAUGGGGCUUGUAAGACACGUCGUGUGCGCCAUGUCGGGAGGCGUCGACAGCUCUGUGGCGGCGCUGCUACUAAGAGAAGAGGUGAGACAUUCUUGGGGCUACAGCGUGACGGGGGUGUUCAUGAAGAACUGGGACUCUCUGGACGAGAGCGGAGCCUGCAGCACAGAGAGGGAUUGUGACGACGCCUACAGAGUGUGCCAGACACUGGACAUCCCUUUCCACCAGGUGUCCUAUGUCAAAGAGUACUGGCACGACGUGUUUAGCAACCUGCUGAAAGAAUACGAGAAGGGCAGGACCCCAAACCCCGACAUACUCUGCAACAAACACAUCAAGUUCAACCAUUUCCACAAGUAUGCCAUCCACACUUUAGGUGCUGAUGCCAUGGCGACCGGUCAUUACGCUAGGACAUCCCAGGAAGAUGAGGAAGUUUUCCAGCAGUCGCACGCGACCCGACCCGCCACGCUGUUCAGGGAUCGAUUCGAGAUCAGAAACCCCGUGAAGUUGUGCAAAGGAGCCGACCUGGUCAAAGACCAGACUUUCUUCCUCAGCCAGAUUUCGCAGGAUGCCUUACGGCAAACCCUCUUCCCACUGGCUGGACUCACCAAGGAGUUUGUGAAAAAGAUGGCUACUCAAGCAGGAUUUCACCAUGUGUUAAAAAAGAAAGAGAGCAUGGGCAUUUGCUUCAUUGGAGAGAGAAAUUUUGAAAACUUCAUUUUAGAGUAUCUGGAGCCGAAACCUGGGAACUUUGUGUCUAUUGAGGACGGGACGGUGAAAGGAACGCAUAAAGGUUGGUUUACGCUGACCCUGGGCCAGCGGGCGAGGAUAGGUGGCCAGAAGGAUGCCUGGUUUGUGGUGGAUAAAGAUAUUGUCACCGGCGAUGUGUUUGUGGCUCCGACCACCAAUCACCCAGCUCUCUUCCGUGACACGGCGCGGACCGACCGCUUCCACUGGAUCGCCUCGGACCCGCCCGCGGAGCUGGUCAGGACCCAGAUGAUGGAGUGCCACUUCCGCUUCAUCCACCAGAUGGCGCUCAUUCCCUGCACCGUGACUCUGAACAUGGACGGGUCGGUGUGGAUUUCUCUUUCUCAGCCGGUCAGAGCGCUGACGCCCGGACAGUUUGCAGUCCUCUACAAAGGCGACGAAUGCCUGGGCAGCGGCAAGAUCAUCCAGCUGGGGCCCAGCGAAUUCACGCUGCAGAAGGGACGCGAAAGGCUAGUGGCGAACCGGCAGCAGAACGAUGAGCCGAUCCCCGAUCCAGCAGGCUGAGAUCAGAGAUCAGCACUCUGCGUGUGACCAUCUUGGAUCUGCCUGUCGGGUACAUUAGGUAGCGCGAGGAGAUGUUUAUCGUGAUUUUACUCAACAAAAUCGGUUGAGUAAAAAGGAUAAAACUGUAGGAGGAAAGGGUUAAGUUUUGCUGCUAGGUGCUUUGAGAAAUCAUCUGUAUCCUUACAUCAAAGUGGAGACAUUAUAGUAAUAAGAUGGUUUACUGAGGAAAAAAUAAUGGCUUUCUAGACCAUACGCUACUACUGACUUCUUAAGGGACACAGACGGUCCACUUUAUAUUUAUUCUAAAACUAUAUAAUCCUGUGUAAAUGUAUGAAAAAUGUGUAAAGUUAUUUUCAUAAAAGCAUCAUGAAGGAACCACAACUCAAAACAGUGAAGUCCUGCAAAUUAUUCGCCUAUAAAUAAGUCCAGCAUUUUCGCAUGGAGACCAGCCGUGUCGAAUGCCUGCAGCGAAGCACGGCGGUGGCUUAGUGAUGCUGGUGGGCUGAGACGCCUCCUCCGGAUCUGGAGACUUGCUUCAUGCAGAGGGCGCGAUGGAUCCCAUCCUGGGAGGAAACCAUCUCUGACUCGUCCCAGUUGGAGAUGGUAGGAUGCAGCCGUUUUGUUAUUUUUAAAUUUUUUUUACUUCACAGGAGGUCAGUGCCUUUCGGUCACUGAGUUGAUUAUGAACUCCUCUACAUGAUGUCGUGACGUUAUGCGUCUUGAAAUAGGUCAUAAAGCAGAGCAGCUAUCUGAAACCAUAUAGAACAAAUAGCCAUAAACCUUAAAUAAAAACUUAAACCAAAAUGUAAUGAGAAAGGGAGGAUCGGACAGAAAAUUAUCGCUUCAGCGUAUUAUCUGUUGAAAAGGUUUUAAAGCAAUUAAACCUCGGGGUGUACUUAGUUUUUCCACCACUCGACUCUCUGUUUCUGUCCUCAUCUCUCUUUGGUACCAAAUGAAACGAUGGAAUCUGUUUGAUGUUAAUUAGGUUUGAAAUGAGACACAGAUCAGGAUGUUUGUAUUAAAUGUUUUGAUAAAUCUGAAAUGUAAAUAUCUGUCCUUUUUGGGUCUCGUAUACGUUUUUGGUGUUUUAGAAAAAAAAAACUUCCAGUCAAUUGGCAUAUAAUGAGUGUUUUGAGUUUAUAGUCUGCUCACUUUCAUUGUGGCGUUUUUCUGGGAUGUCACAGAUGUAACAAAUGAAACUCAUAAAAACGACGCAAUGAAACGAAAUGUUUAAUUAAUAAUGGUUCCUUUUCCGAAGAUGUAAGUUAUCCUGCUUGGAAACGAGCUGUCUUUGUUUUUUGUUUUUUUUCCCCUUUCUACUAUUUGUAGUCCAUCAAACCACAAGAGGGGGCUAUGACACAAGAUUCUCAACUGAAACUCUGGGUUUUACAAGAAAGCAUUCAACUUUUACUGCAAUUUUGCAUGGUGGUGCCACUGAUCCUGUGUUCUUGUUGGAUUUUUACUUUUAUUUAUGUGUUUAUUUUAUUUUUGGAUUUAUUUGCAACACUGGCGUGGAUAAAAGGUGUCCCCAACGCAGCAACAGACAAUAAGUUCAAAUAAAAAUGCUAAAUUGUGAGUCUUAACAUAA